AUGUCUUGGCUCAAGUUACACAACCCUACUAUAGAAUGGACUACCAAGCGUGUAAUGUUUAACUCUGUAUACUGUAGUACAACUUGUUUUUCUUCUUCUUCUCAUAUUAUCCUGGGAAACACUGGUGGGACUGCCAACCACCUUGAAAGUGUACCAGAAGACCUAGGAGGUGCUGAGGCUCCUUAUGAGGCUCUUGAAAGUAUCCCUAGGGACCCUGGAGGUGCUGUGAAUCAUUCACUUGAAGGCAUCCCAGAGGAACUCUGUGACUAUGCAGAGGUAUUUUCUGAGGACAAGGUGACAGAGUUGCCUCCUCAUCGCUCCUAUGACUUGGAGAUAGUCCUCCAAGAUCAAACCAAACAGGUUAAAGGACCUGUCUAUCCCCUUAGACCUUCUGAUGAUGAGGAACUCAAGAGGAUCCUAAAGGAACAGCUGGACCAAGGCCUUAUCAGGCCCUCAAAAUCCCAUUACAGCUCUCCUGUGAUCUUUGUUCCCAAAAAGAAUGGCAAAAGGAGGAUGUGCAUUGACUAUCGUGCACUGAAUGCCAACACAGUCAAGAACUCUUACCCCCUUCCUUUGAUUUCCAAUCUCAUUGAGAAGUUAAGGGGUGCAAAGUGCUUUACUGCUCUGGACCUUAAAUCUGGAUAUAACCUUGUCAGAAUUAAGGAAGGAGAUGAAUGGAAAACAGCAUUCAAGACUAAAUAUGGCCUUUUUGAAUACCUGGUUAUGCCCUUUGGGCUGUGCAAUGCCCCAGCUACCUUCCAGCAUUUCAUGAAUGAUAUCCUGAGGGACAUCUUAGAUGUCUAUGUGAUAGUGUACUUGGAUGAUAUCCUUAUUUUCUCCAAAUCCAGAGAAGAACAUGUUACCCAUGUCAGGGAAGUUCUCAAAAGGCUACAGAAGCACAAGUUGUACUGUCAGCUUGAGAAAUGCAGGUUCUUCCAGGAUCAAGUACACUACUUGGGAAUCAUAGCCAAUGGGGAAGGGGUAUGUGCAGACCCUGAAAAAAUUUCCAAAGCUGUUGAUUGGGCAACACCCCAGACAGUUAAAGGGGUUCAAGAGUUCUUAGGUUUUGUCAACUUCUACAGGCGGUUCAUUAUGAACUUCUCCAAGCUUGCAUAUCCACUCUACCAACUGUUGCGCAAGGAGAACCCUUGGAAGUGGGGUGCUGAACAGCAGGAGUCUUUUGACAACCUAAAAAGAGCUCUGAUUGAAUCCCCUGUCCUCAUUCAGCCUGAUGUUUCAAAAGAGUUCUUCCUUGAGUGUGAUGCAUCAGAUUAUGCAACUGGUGCAAUCCUUAGCCAAAAAGGUGGAGAUGACAAACUCCAUCCUGUGGCCUUCCUUUCAAAGAGCCUAUCACCUGCAGAAUGCAACUAUGACAUCUAUGACAAAGAGUUGCUUGCAGUGAUUAGAGCAUUGAAGGAAUGGAGACACCUUUUGGAAGGCUCUGAAAUCCCUGUCAAAGUCCUCACAGAUCACAAAAACCUGGAAUAUUUCCAAACAAAGAGGGAACUUAACAGGCGUCAGGCUAGAUGGAUGGGAUUUUUGGCAGACUAUAACUACAGAAUUGUUUACAGGCCUGGCUCCCAAAACAAAAAAGCUGAUAUCCUUUCCAGGAGAGAAGACCUGAAAGGGGAGGCUAAAGGGGGGGGUGAAGCCCCUGCACUUAUUGCACCAGAGCUUUUUAUAUCUUCAAUUCUCACAGACAGUGACCUCAAUGACCUUAUCAGAGAUGCACUGCCUGAUGACAAAACUGUUGCCAAAAUCCUGAAGUCCUUGGAGGAAAACAUUCCUGUUAAAGGCUGGUCUCUGGAUAAUGGGUUGCUCUACUACCACCAGUGCAUUUAUGUACCCAAUGAACCAGAAAUCAGGCGCCUUGUCCUUGAAAGCAGGCAUGAUAAUCCUUCCACAGGCCAUCCAGGACAGUGGAGAACCAUGGAGUUGCUGUCGCCAUUAUUAUUGGUCUGGGAUGAAGCAAUCUGUGGCCAAAUACAUUCAGGCAUGUGA